CCCUAGUUUGUUUGUUGUUUUCAUUACGUUUGUUUUGUCAAAAUUGUAGCAUUCUUAAACAAAAUAUUAUAUUCAUUUGGUUUUAAAAAACUGGCAGAUACCACAAAUGCAGUAAUCUGAGAUCAAUUACCAAUGCCUGUUCCUCUGCGCCUGCUUGGCCGUGCCAGAACACAAAUAGCCGCAGCCUAUCAGGCCAGAUGUCUAGCGAAUAACUCCGACAUUGAGCUACCACCUGAACCUACUACGUGCUGCAUGUCCGGAUGUGCCAACUGCGUUUGGGUGGAAUACGCGAAGACUGUGGCCAAGAUCCUCGGCGACAACGAUGAUCGUGCACGUGAAUUAGUUUUGGCUAAGAUCAAAGAUCCUAAUUUGCGCGUGUUUUUGGAAAUGGAGCUGCGAAACUUGAAGCAAUUGAGAGAGAGCAGGCCAGAGGAACCAAAGAAAUGAAGCCAACUAGUCCAAUGAAUAACAUAAAAUUAUUU